AUGGCCCGCAAGAAACAUCGCUCGGUGCCGGCCGCAGAGGCCUACGAAAAGUCGGACAGUUUCCCUCAAAUGCCGUCCGCUCCGCCACUGUCUCCGAUUCGCAUGGACGGUGUCUAUCCGGGGAAUUUCGGUCCUCCGAUGCAUCAGGCAUACCAUGUUCAGCCGGCGAGCGCGAAUCAUGUACCCGACCAGAUUGCUCGUUUUAACGUGAUAAAACCGGAUCGGUUGGCAAAAAGACAUAACCCACAAUUGUAUACGAAAAGGUUUCAGAACUAUUCACCCGUUUUUUUUUCAAAAAUUUUGGUAAUAAACUAGUUGUCUUUCAGAGGAUGCACGGACGUCUUCUGCUGCUUUCUGUUCUUUGUGUUCCUCUGCGGAUGGAUCGUCGUUGCCUGCUUCGGAAUCAUGUGGGGAGACCCUCAGAGACUAAUCUACCCGACGGAUUCCGAGUUCCGAAGAUGCGGAGUCAAUCAAGACGGAUUAUACAACUUUAGGUAACCGUUCAAUAAAUUUUCAAUUUUGAAACGUCUCUUCAGCAACCGUCCGUACCUGUUCUACUUCGAUCUCACCAAGUGCAUCUCGUACACGACCGCAUUGGGAGGAUGCCAAACCACUCAGAUUUGUGUGGAGCAGUGCCCAACCGCGUACUUCUCAUACCUCCAACUCCGCACCGCUUCUGCCGCCGAGAUUCAGAAGCAGGUGAGCGAUCGGCAGAUGAAACGGACUGAGAAUAAAAAACUUGUUUACUUACUUUCAGAUGAAGAGCGUGGUAUACUGUACUGACGACGUCGACAAGACCGCUGUGACGACCUUCCAGGCACUUCAGGCUCUAGUUCAACAAGGGAAAUGCGUGUCUUACACGGUCAAAUCCAUUCCAGGUACGGAGUUUAUACAGAAUCACACUACUAUAAUCUACUAGUUCCAGUGCUUCAAAGAUGCUUCCCUGAAGUGAUUUUCAAUGCAGUCGAAAAUGUGAACACAGUGCUGAACAGCUCAAACUCGCUGGAUUAUCUUGCGAGAACCUUCGGUGACGACGCACUUAUUCCUCAAGACAGUCAGAUCACCGGACAGAGUACAGAGUAAGACCUUUGCCUCGUUGCAGCUGAUGUUAUUUUCAAUAUUUCAGAGUAAUGAAGUCAGUGGUCGAAGAGCAGCCAGUUCUCCACAAAGUGAUCCACGAUCUCUCCCAAACCUGGUGGCAAACACUAAUCCUCAUUUUCGCUGCCGGAGUAUUCGCCUUCAUCUGGACGGUUGUGAUGCGACUGCUUGGGUCACUUCUCAUCUGGCUCUCCAUACUUCUGGUUCUCGGAGCUCUCGGCUUUGGUGCCGGAUACAGUUGGAUGAAGUGGAACACUUUGAAAUCCAUUGGAGCCAUUGAUGAUUACUCGUUCCAUCCAGCAUUCGAUGCGUACUUUGAGAUGCCAACCACGUGGUUCGUCGUCGCCAUUGUCACCUCGGCCUUCCUGGUCCUCUUCUUGAUCAUCAUCCUUUUCAUCCGCAAGAGAAUCAGUAUUGCCUGCGCGUUGAUCUCCGAGUCCAGCAAGUGAGGCGUUCUUCUGUGGUUUUAAUCACAAUUAUCAUGUUUCAGAGCGAUCGGAAGUAUGAUGUCCACUCUGUUGUUCCCGCUCUUCCCGUUCAUUCUUCACAUCGGAGUCUUCGCUCUGUGGGGUUCGAUUGCCAUCUGGUUAGCAUCAUCUGGACAAGAGAUCUGCCGUAUGAAAGAGGCGAAUGGACAAGUUUACAACACUUCCACAAAAUGCGAAUGCACCAAGAAUCUCACCGGAUGCACCUACGUGGGAAUCGAGAAGGAGAGCGACAUCGUCUUCUGGCUUCAGUUCUACAACCUGUUUGCCUUCUUCUGGCUCUCCUGCUUUGUCACCGCUUUGGGAGACAUUGCUCUGGCCGGAGCCUUUGCUUCCUAUUACUGGGCCCGCGAUAAGAGACAUGAUGUGCCCAGCUUCCCUGUGAUCCGAGCACUGAACCGUGCGAUUCGGUACAAUCUUGGUUCUAUCGCAUUCGGAUCCCUUAUUAUUGCAAUCGUAAAGAUGAUCCGCGUCAUUUUGGAGUACAUCGACAACAAACUGGGAAAAUCACAGAAUACCGCCGUCAAGUACUUCCUAAUGUGUCUCAAAUGUUGCUUCUGGUGCCUUGAAGUGUUCUUCAAGUUCUUGACUAAAAAUGCAUACAUCAUGGUAACCCGGUGCAUGUUUACAGUUACAUCAUUACUUUUUCAGAUUGCAAUUUACGGAAAGAACUUCUUCUCAUCGGCCAAGGACUCAUUCAUGCUCAUCACUCGAAAUAUUGUCCGUACUGUAGUUGUGCACAAGGUUGCUGGUAUACUUCUCUUCCUCGGAAAAGCAAUGAUCACUAUCGGAAUGGGUAUAACUCAAUUUUUAGCCUAAAAUAACAAAAUUUAUCAAUUUUUCAGGUCUCCUGAGUUACUACUACUUUUCCGGAAAAUGGGUCGUCGAAGGAGUGCCCAAAGUGGACCUUUACUACUAUUUCGUACCGAUUGUCAUUGUUGUUAUUGGUAAACAAUCGCAUUCACGUUUUUGAACUGGAGUGAGCAAACAUUUUUCAGGAAGUUACUUCAUGGCCGACUUGUUUUUUGAUGUUUACGAAAUGGCCGUCGAUACCACUUUCAUUUGCUUCCGUGAGUGCCCAGAAUUCGUUUAUCUGUUUCAAUGAAUGUUAUUUUUUAGUGGAAGACAGCGAACAAAACGACGGCAGUCUGGAACGACCUUUCUUCAUGUCCGAGAAGCUCCUCGAGAUUCUCGGCAACAGAAACGAAAUUCCUCUUCACUCGAAAUGA